AUGUCCGCCGUCGCAUUCGGCGCCAACCGCGUUGCCCUCAAGUCGGGCGUCAGGGCCCGUCCCGCCGCGCGCCGUACCGCCGUCGCCGUCCACGCCGCGCAUGAUUCCAAGGGGGAUAAGAUCCGGGCGCGCCUCGCGUCCGCAUCCUUGGCGGCCGCGCUCGUGCUCGCACCCGUCGCCGUCGCGCCGAUGCCCGCUUUCGCCGAGGGAUGCCAGUCCUCGUGCGAGGCCGAGUGUCUGAAGAUCGCCCCGGGGUCCAAGGACUACUGCGCCAGCGCGUGCUCCGACGAGUGCUCGGCCAUGAAGGAGGAGGGCAAGAGCGACGAGGAGAUGACGCAGACCACCGGGGCGUUCGGGUCGGUGAGGGAGAAGGGAGACUUCGAGAACCUUCUGGAUAAGAUGCUGGACAGCCAGAAGGUGUUCUUUGUCGGCCCGAGCAGCGCGAUGAAGGCGCAGGCGGGCAAGUGA